CCAAACAGCGCCGGGAUUGGCCGGCUGCGUUACCGACAUUCUGCCGAUGGAAGCUCAUGGUGUCCGAAAUUUAUGAUGUCGACGCUCUAGUCCGACGUCGCCAUAAGACAUUAUUAAGUCGCCUCCACCUCCGGCGAUGUGCACAAUUGCGUCCAACACCCCCCCUUCUCGACCGACCCCGAUAAUACACCCGCUCUUCUUCUCCUCUACACGCAUCCCUUCGUUUAUCUCCUAAUUGCCCGUCUUCGUUUCCGAGUUGCCCAGCGCGGGGGGCUGCCACCACUGCCGUCCUUCCAUCCCCUCUACCCACAGCUUCCCGACAGCUCCCGCCGACCAUGAUUCCUCGAUCCCGCCUCUCCGGGCGCCUCAUCCUCGAGCGUUCCGCCGCGCAUGCAUCCCGAGCACCCUCCGAAGCCAUCGCACGAAGAUGGGCCUCAUCCCCAGCUUACCGGAAUCCUCAUAUUUGCGGCCGCCGACUACCGGCCCUGCAGCCGCGACUAGUUGGGGCGGCUUUUUCCACGUCGGCUAGGCUGGCCAAGAAGGAGGACAAGGACAAGAGCUUCUUCGACUCAGCGAUAGAGCCCCCAACAGAGCCUCUCUCCGAGGAGGAAGCCCAGGCAAAUCUCGAGCACCAGCGGAAAGAGGCCGAGGAGAAGCUCACAGCCGAUGCGAAGAACACGGGCUCCGACUCAUCAGCUCCCGCCAAGAACGAUGGCGGCAACCAAUCGCCGGAUAACAAAGCAGGCAGUGCCGCAGGAGGCGCUGCUGGCUCCGGCUCUGGCAACGAUGGUUCUGGGGGUGAGGGUGGUAAGCGGGGCCGAAAGUCCGCCGAGAAGGCCCUCCAGAAGCCUGUCGUUCCCGAGGUAUACCCUCAGGUUCUAGCGAUUCCCAUUGCUCGACGACCACUCUUCCCCGGCUUCUACAAGGCAAUCACCAUCAAGGACCCCGAUGUUGCAACCGCCAUUACGGAGUCGAUCAAGCGCGGCCAGCCGUACGUCGGUGCCUUCUUGUUCAAGGACGAGAACGAGGACGAGGAUGUCAUCCGCAACCCGGACGAUGUGUACGAUGUCGGCGUGUUUGCCCAAAUUACGAGUGCCUUCCCUAUCCAUGGGCAGGAGGGCGCCCUGACUGCUAUCCUUUACCCCCACCGCCGCAUUCGACUAUCCAGCCUGCUGCCUCCCGGUGGCCCGGACGCCAAGAAGUCCGAUGCUAAGACCGAACCGAUCCCCGAACCAAUUCCUCAGAAAGCCGUCGAGGAGGAAACCACCCAAGAUAAGAAGGGGGAUGUUGUGGCUAGUUUCGAAGAGAGCGCCGUGGAGAAGAUGCCCGACCAGACGACUGAGAAGUACGAGCCCACCUCGUUCCUCAAGAAAUACCCUGUUAGCUUGGUCAAUGUGGAGAACCUCGCCGACGAGCCCUACGACCCCAAGAGCCCCGUUAUCCGAGCCGUCACCAAUGAGAUCGUCAACGUCUUUAAGGAGGUUGCCACUAUGAACAACCUCUUCCGGGACCAGAUUUCUACUUUCUCCAUGAGCCAGUCGACUGGCAACGUGACGUCAGAACCAGCCAAGCUUGCUGAUUUCGCUGCUGCCGUGUCAUCCGGUGAACAGAAAGAGCUCCAAGAGGUGCUUGGUUGCCUUAACGUGGAAGAGAGGAUGCAGAAGGCUCUCGUGGUGCUCAAGAAGGAGCUCAUGAACGCCCAGUUGCAGUCCAAGAUCAGCAAAGAUGUGGAGAACAAGAUUAGCAAGAGGCAGCGAGAGUAUUGGCUCAUGGAGCAGAUGAAGGGCAUCCGCCGAGAGCUUGGCCUCGAGUCUGACGGCAAGGACAAGCUCGUUGAGAAGUUUAAGGAGAAGGCCAAUAACCUAGCCAUGCCCGAUGCGGUCCGCAAGGUGUUUGACGAGGAGCUUAACAAGCUCGCUCAUCUCGAGACGGCCGCUUCCGAGUUCAACGUGACAAGGAACUACCUGGACUGGCUCACCCAGAUCCCCUGGGGUCGCAGAAGCCCUGAGAACUUUGGCAUCCCCAACGCCGUAAAGGUCCUUGACCAGGACCACCACGGACUGAAGGAUGUGAAGGACCGCAUCCUCGAGUUUAUUGCGGUGGGCAAGCUGCGCGGCACCGUCGAGGGGAAGAUUCUCUGCUUCGUCGGACCUCCUGGUGUUGGCAAGACUAGCAUCGGAAAGUCAAUUGCUCGCGCUCUCAACCGAGAGUACUACCGAUUCAGUGUCGGUGGCUUGACGGAUGUGGCUGAGAUCAAGGGACACCGAAGGACCUACGUGGGAGCCUUACCUGGUCGCAUCAUUCAGGCCCUGAAGAAGUGCCAGACCGAGAACCCCCUCAUCCUGAUCGACGAGAUUGACAAAAUUGGUCGCGGAUACCAGGGUGACCCUUCAUCUGCACUUCUUGAGCUGCUCGACCCCGAGCAGAACAACUCUUUCUUGGAUCACUACAUGGAUGUUCCAGUCGACCUGUCCAAGGUUCUAUUCGUCUGCACGGCCAACAUGACCGACACAAUUCCCCGACCACUCUUGGACCGAAUGGAGCUAAUCACCCUCUCCGGUUAUGUUUCGGAUGAGAAGAUGGCUAUUGCCGAGCGAUACCUGGCACCUGCUGCCAAGGAGGCUGCGGGUCUCAAGGACGCCGACGUCAAUCUUAGCGAGGAGGCCAUCGAGGAGUUGAUUAAGUCGUACUGCCGAGAGUCAGGUGUCCGAAACCUCAAGAAGCAGAUCGAGAAGGUCUACCGGAAAUCGGCCCUUAAGAUCGUCCAGGAGCUGGGCGAGGAGGUUCUUCCCGAGGAGGAUGCGCUGACUGACGAGGAUAAAGCCGCCCUGGACGAGGCUGAGAAGAAGGCUGAGGAGGGCAAGGAGGCGAACCUGGAGGCGUCGGCUGAGCCAGGCGAGGUCAAGACUACAGAGAAGCCCCGCAAGGCGCUUAAGGUCCCCGACUCUGUCCACGUCGUCAUUGGCAAGGACAACCUCACUGACUACGUCGGCCCCCCCGUCUUCACAUCGGACCGCCUCUAUGAGGUAAGCCCACCGGGUGUUUCGAUGGGCCUGGCGUGGACCCAGAUGGGUGGCGCCGCCAUGUACAUCGAGUCCAUCCUGCAGGCGCCCCUGCGACCCUCCACCCGGCCAAACCUCGAGAUUACUGGUAACCUCAAGACGGUGAUGAAGGAGUCGACCACUAUCGCCUACUCUUUUGCCAAGUCUUUCAUGGUCAAGCAGUUCCCAGAUAACCACUUCUUCAACAAGGCCAAGAUGCACUUGCAUGUGCCCGACGGUGCUGUGCCCAAGGACGGGCCCUCGGCUGGAAUCACAAUGACUACCUCUAUGCUCUCCCUCGCUCUCGAUGUCCCUGUCGACCCGACUGUCGCCAUGACCGGAGAGAUCACCCUGACAGGCAAGGUCCUCCGCAUCGGCGGGCUCCGCGAGAAGACCGUCGCCGCUCGACGUGCAGGCUGCAAGACGGUUAUUUUCCCCAAGGACAACAUGUCUGACUGGCUGGAGCUGCCCCAGAACAUUAAAGAAGGUAUCGAGGGCCACCCUGUGGCCUGGUAUCCCGAAGUCUUUGACCUCAUUUUCCCCAACCUCGACCGCGACCAGGCCAACAAGUGCAAGGUUUGCGAGUGGAAGUCUCAGCAGAAGAAGAGCGACACCGAGGCCGCCGCUGAGGAGGACGACUAGACGCGUAUGAGAGGAUUUACUACUUCUCGCCCGCGCUUGCCACAUGCCUACUGACACGCACCGACCAGGAGGCGACGUCCGUACGGCUCGUAGGCACAAGCUCCGCGGAGAACGAGAGCGAGAGCGAGGGGAAGACACUUGCAGGGCAUUUUGGGGGCGUUUGGGCACCGGGCAAGAAACCUAGAUGGAAACAAUCAUAAAGACUCCUACUCUGUUAUACCAACAUGUGGAUCCUUGUACUUUUAGAAACACGCCCAGUAGCAGCAUUAGUGGUUAUUUGGGGAGGUGGAGAGGCAGCAGCAGCAGUAGAUGUGAGCAUGUUGACAACAUCUCCGUGUAUAAUUGUACAUUUUGGACAACCGAUAUUACUACCUACA